AUGGUCAACAUCAAGGAAAGCAGCACCACAGAGGAGGGGGUCACCGCGUCGCCCACUGAAGGUGCUCCGCUGAAGGUGAAGCGCCUCUCGGAGAAUGCCUUUCUGCCCACUCGUGGCUCCAAGCAGGCCGCCGGCUAUGAUCUGUACUCGGCCUACGACUGCUCAGUGCCGGCCAGGGGAAAGAAUCUGGUCAAGACGGACAUUUCUAUCGCCUUUCCGCAGGGCUACUACGCCCGUGUGGCUCCCCGUUCUGGUCUCGCCUGGAAGAACUCCAUUGACGUCGGUGCUGGCGUCAUCGACGUCGACUACCGUGGUCCAGUCGGGGUGAUUCUCUUCAACCACAGCGAUGAGGAGUUUAGGAUCACUCGCGGUGACCGUAUCGCUCAGCUCAUUCUGGAGCGCAUCUCCACGCCGGACGUCGUUGAGGUGGACGACCUAGACGAGACCGAGCGCAAUGCUGGCGGCUUUGGCAGUACUGGCGUAUCAGCCAAGACCGAAUGA